CUUCUUGCAAAUAUAAGAUAUCGAGAUGCGACCUUUUUCUUCUUCGCCGUGUGAGAGUUAACAAAAUAACAGAGAGCUCUCCCUUGGUAUUUGUCCGACAGGGUCUCAUUUGGUGGAUGAAUUUCAAGAAUGGAACGUACAGAACAGGAGUCCGAAUGUGUAGAUGAAUCAGAAGAAAAACAAAUUCCGAUCAUAAAUGGACUUCCGGAUGACAUAUCUCUUUCCUGCUUGGCCAGAGUUCCUAGAUGCUAUCACACGAGGCUGAAGUGUGUUUCCAGAAGAUGGAGAGAUUUACUGUGUAGUGAGGAGUGGUAUGAUCACCGUAAGAAGGGCAACUUGGCUGAAUCUUGGAUAUACGCAUUGUGUCGUGACACAUCGGCCCGUGUUUAUUUGUAUGCCCUAAACCCUAACUCAUCAAAAAGAUCGUGGAGAAGGAUUCACGAACAUCCACCUCACUUAUGUAUGAGAGAAGGCAUGGGUUUUGCAGCAAUGGGUAAGAGACUGUAUGUGCUGGAUGGAUGUGGCUGGUCAGAAGAUGCUUCUCAUAAUGCAUACUGCUAUGAUGUUGCCAAGAACACUUGGGACCAAAUUCCUCACCUUUCGACCAAGCGGUGCUACUUUACAUGUGAAACAUUGGACGGAAAGAUGUAUGCAAUCGGUGGUGUAGGGCUCGAGCCGAGCAUUCCACAAACGUGGGAUGUAUAUGAAGAUUCCACGAAGGCAUGGGAAUCUUUCUCAGACACAAACAUCGUCCCCGGGAUUGACGAUUCAUUUGUGAUGGAUGGGAGAAUAUACGUUCAUGGUGGUGGGUAUUCGAAAACUUCAAAUGUGCAAGCAGCAGUGUACGAGCCAUCGACCGGUACCUGGAAACAAGUGGAUGACGAGAUGGCAUCAGGGUUUCGAGGUCCAGCAGUUGUGGUGGGCGACGAUCUCUACGUUUUGGAUCAGAGUUUCGGAACUACGCUGACAAUGUGGUGUAAGGAAACGAGGAAGUGGGUUAGGCUUGGGAGGCUUGCGACGAGGCAACCAUGUCGGCUUGUGGCCGUCGGAAACAGAGUCUUUGUGAUCGGGAGGGAUUGCUACACGGUGGUGGUCGAUGUUGAGGUUGCGAGGAAAACGGCGGUUGGAUUAAUGGUGUGUUCCUCCAUACCAAAGGCUCCGACUGAUGAUAUUUUUGUUGUUAUUGGCUGUAGAUCCGUUGCCAUAUAAUUUCGUCUGAAAGUAGAGAUAUUAGAUACAUGUUAUGGGUAACAAGAAAAAUAAAAAGAUCAGACGGGUUUAUCCAAA